AUGGCGGAUCAAAAGGAUACCAGCACGGUCGCAUACCGCAGUCCCAUUCAAGAUGUCGAUUCGAAGAGCUUGCAUUCUGGCGAUUGGGGCAAGCAGGUCGAUGAGGAGGUCCCGAGAGAUCCCUUCGAGGCGCCGUUGAAGCGGCAGCUAAAGUCGAGACAUUUGCAGAUGAUUGCGGUCGGUGGAAUCAUUGGUCCUGGCUUGCUGGUCAGCUCUGGCAAUGCGCUGCACGAGGGUGGCCCCGCUGGCUCCCUGAUUAGCUUCUCGCUCGUCGGCGCGAUUGUGUUCUUCGUUAUGCAAUCUCUAGGGGAAAUGGCGACUGUCAUUCCCGUGACGGGUUCCUUCAUCGAAUAUGCGGAACGAUUCAUUGACGAUUCUCUUGCAUUUGCAUUGGGCUGGGCAUAUUGGUGGUUGUGGGUCACGGUUCUCGCCAACGAAUACAACUCCAUCUCGCUUGUUAUCGGAUACUGGACCGAAGCCGUACCACAAUGGGGCUGGAUCCUCAUUUUCUGGGCGCUCUUCCUUACUCUGUCGAAUUUGGGAAUUUUGGCAUAUGGCGAAAUGGAAUUUUGGCUUUCUUUGAUCAAAGUUUUGGCGCUCAUCGUCUUCUUCAUACUGGCCAUUAUCAUUAGUGCCGGUGGUAUUGGCCCGGGACCAAUUGGGUUCAAAUAUUACCACGACCCUGGGGCAUUUAAUGACGGCAUUAAUGGUGUUGCGAAGACCUUUGUUGUUGCUGGCACGCUAUAUGCUGGAACUGAGAUGGUUGGAAUCACAGCUGGAGAGUCGGCAAAUCCUCGAAAGGCCGUACCUCGAGCCAUUCAGCAGGUCUUUUGGCGAAUCCUGAUUUUCUACAUCGGCACGAUUUUCUUUAUCGGCAUUCUAAUGCCCUACGACGACAAGCAAUUGCUUGGUGAUACUUCGAAGACAGCCAGCUCACCCUUAACCAUCGCCCUGACUGACGCUGGCAUUCUGCCUGCAGCACACCUGAUCAACGCCCUCAUCGUGAUCAGUGUCAUAUCCGCAGGAAAUAGCUCCCUUUACGUUGCCUCGCGAACGCUGCUCUAUAUGUCUCGCAACAGCAAAGCCCCGAAAUUUCUCGGACGCGCCAACAAGGCGGGCGUACCCUGGGUCGGCCUGAUCUUCACCAACAUCUUCGCGUGCAUCGUCUUCCUGGGACAAUCAUCCAGUGCAGGGAAGGUCUAUUCCGCUCUAAUUACCCUAUCUGGAGUCGCAACCUUCCUCGUCUGGUCCAUAAUCGGCAUCUCCCACAUUCGUUUCCGCAAAGCCCUCGUAGCACAGGGACAAGACACUUCGCAACUGCCUUUCCGCUCCGCGCUCUAUCCAUGGGGUACCUACUUCUCGCUCGCCUUGAACAUCUUCCUCGUGUUUUUCCAGGGGUAUACUUGCUUCUUGAACCCGUUCAGUCCCGAUGACUUUGUCAUCAACUACAUCCUCCUUCCCGUCUUCGCGCUCUUCGUUAUUGCGUAUAAAUUCUGGAACAAGACCAAGUGGGUGUCGCUGGAGGAUAUGGAUAUUUGGACUGGGAGGCGGGAUUUUGUUGAUGAGGAAGAGCCGGUUAAGAAAUCUGGUCGGUGGUGGGCGAAGAUUCACGAUAUAGUUGUCGGAUAG